GACGAAGCUUGCUUCCCCCCUCCCCGACUUUCUUUCCAUUCCCCUCUCUCUCUGGAUGCUACAAGCACUUUGGCUCCAGUUGGAAGCGACUUAAAAACUAACAUGGUUUAAUCCUCUAACUGCAUGUUGGGUAAAUUCAAAACCCGCACAUGGUCAUCCUCUGGUGGGGGAAUAAGUCGCAUCCGAUGGACAUUUUCUCUGCUUACAGCAUAGUAAUGAAUGUCUGACAGGCGCGACCUUUCAUAAGACAGCCUACAUUAUUGGCUUCCUGCCCAGAAUAUUGCUGCAACACUAUCUGUGAUUGGUUAUCUCUCUAUCAUGCCUUGCUUCAGAAGGGGAAAACGGCCCCCUUUUUAAUAAAUCUGUGAUGGCUGGCUGCAAUAUGCUAUACUGUUGGUACUAAGAAGUGCCUUUCCUGACGUCUCUGCUGCUUGGAAUCGCUUCUAGAGCAGUCUCUGCUUUUUGCCUUGCUUGCUGCCAGCUAGACUGCGAGGACGCCACAUCCACCCUCACCUCUCGCCCAGCCACCCCUCCCCUCUAAGCAUCAGGCAUUGCCCUAGGCUGCUUUAGUUAUUCUUACAGAAAUAAAAGUUUGCUGGAAAAGUGAGCUGUCUUCUGCCAGGAAAAGAAAGAAAGAAAGGGGGAAAAAAAAUCCAAGAGGAGAGGAAAAAAAAAUCCAAACCAGUUUCUCGAUUUGUUGCUCUAAACUGCUGCAUCUGUCUGUGCCAAACUAAUCAUUACCAAUUGCACCACACCAAAAAUUAAGAAAGAAUAAUUAUUACAGAUUCAGCUGUGUGUGGAGACAACUUUUCCUGAGAGCAGCUUGAAAAAUUCUGUGUCGAAGGGUCUGCCACGUUUUUGCUGCUUGCAUUUGGGGCUCCGAUUCGGCAUUCAGAAUGGGUUACUGAAAGCACAAGGCUAGUUCCAAGGCACACUUUUAAAUGCUCCUCUUACUUUUGAUCCUAGCAUUUCUCUAAGUUUGACCCCCCCCUCUCUUUUGAUUGACAGUUUCAUGCUGUGACUUUCUAGAGGGAAUAUCUCUUCCUUGCUGUUGCAACAACACAAUUUUACAUCUUUUAACAUUGGGCUCGGGGACUGGGGAAAUAUUUUGGAGGUGACAUUUUUCAUCAUUUCCAGUCUUAUCAGUUUGGCCUUUUUUAAUUUGUUCAUUUCAUUGACAAUUUUAACUACCUGUAAAAUCUAAACAUGGCUGUAAGUGUCACACCAAUCCGGGACACAAAAUGGCUAACACUGGAAGUAUGUCGAGAGUUCCAAAGAGGGACUUGCUCACGACCAGAUACGGAAUGUAAAUUUGCACAUCCUUCGAAAAGCUGCCAAGUUGAAAAUGGACGUGUAAUCGCCUGCUUUGAUUCAUUGAAAGGACGAUGUUCAAGGGAGAACUGCAAAUAUCUUCACCCACCACCACACUUAAAAACACAGUUGGAGAUCAAUGGCCGCAAUAACCUGAUUCAGCAGAAAAACAUGGCCAUGCUGGCCCAACAAAUGCAACUAGCCAAUGCCAUGAUGCCUGGUGCCCCAUUACAACCAGUGAACCAUAUCCCUCAGACAUUCCAAAAAAGAGGGGGGGAGGGAUCUGCAUAUUUCAUCGACACUGAUUCCAUUUAUCAAUACCAAACACUAAAGCGAGAGGAGUGCAGUCCAAGCGGCACCCCUGGAUCUGUCAUUGUUUGCGCUCCACUUCAUGAGCCAAUGUUUUCAGUUGCACCAAGUCUAGCCACCAAUGCUUCAACAGCCUUUAACCCCUAUUUGGGGCCAGUUUCUCCUGGCUUGGUCCCAGCAGAGAUCUUGCCAACAGCACCAAUGCUGGUUGCAGGGAAUCCUGGUGUGCCAGUUCCUGCUGCUGCAGCAGCAGCAGCACAGAAGCUAAUGCGGACGGACAGAUUGGAGGUAUGUCGAGAGUAUCAGCGUGGCAACUGUAACAGAGGAGAAAACGAUUGCCGGUUUGCCCACCCUGCCGACAGUGCAAUGAUUGAUACCAACGACAAUACUGUUACUGUCUGCAUGGAUUACAUCAAAGGGAGAUGUUCAAGGGAAAAGUGCAAAUAUUUUCACCCUCCGGCCCAUCUGCAAGCUAAGAUCAAAGCUGCCCAGUACCAGGUCAAUCAAGCAGCAGCUGCUCAGGCAGCAGCUACUGCAGCAGCCAUGACUCAGUCGGCUGUCAAAUCACUGAAGCGACCCCUCGAGGCAACCUUUGACCUGGGGAUUCCUCAAGCUGUACUCCCCCCAUUACCAAAGAGGCCUGCGCUUGAAAAAACCAAUGGUGCCACCGCAGUCUUUAAUACUGGUAUUUUCCAAUACCAGCAAGCUCUUGCAAACAUGCAGUUGCAACAGCACACAGCCUUCCUCCCACCAGGCUCAAUAUUGUGCAUGACACCCGCUACAAGUGUUGUUCCCAUGGUGCACGGCGCUACGCCCGCCACUGUGUCUGCAGCAACAACAUCUGCCACAAGCGUCCCCUUCGCUGCAACUGCCACAGCCAACCAGAUUCCCAUAAUAUCUGCCGAACAUCUGACUAGCCACAAGUAUGUUACACAGAUGUAGACACUUAAUCAUCAAACAAUCAUAUGACAGAGAAGAGGACAGCGUGGUUGAGUGAAGAAUCAGGACAGGUCAUUAGCCAUAAUGUAUAUACCGUAAAGUAACAGCACCCAAAUUUCCUCAGCAGUAAGACAUCCACAUAUUGCAUGUUAACAAGAUGAAAUGACAACUUGGAAAUUCACUGCACACUGUUGCCUAUAUACUUUGUACAUUGAAUAGAUAUUUGUGCUGGGGUGAUCAUAUUGUCUAAAGCAGCCUUCCCUAACUUGGUGCCCUCCAGUUGUGUUGGUCUAUAAUUCUGGGUUGAAUCCUGGAAACUGCAGACCCAAGAAAGCUAAAGGGCAUCAGGUUGGAGAAUGCUAGUCUAAAGACUACAGCAUUGUCCAUCUUUUCUAGCACACAAGUAUGCAAUGCAUACCUAGCCGACGUAUGCAUUGGUAGACUCUUUUCCUACAUAAUCAUGUACGUCAUUUUGAAAAGACAGACUGUGAUGUAGCCAUAGAUCUAUAAUGUAUUGGUACGUCUGUAGACCAAGAUAUAAUUUUUAAAGUAAGUUUAUUAUCUCAAGGUUUACAAAUAACAAAAGGUGCACCUUGUAUUUAAAAUUGCCAUUAUAGAAGAGACCGUGCAUGCACAGUAUAAUUUUUUUCCUUUUUUGUUUUAAGAGUAAUAUUUUUAAAUGUAAUAGAUUGUAAGAAGUGGUAAAAGAGGUAUCUGACAGAGAUGAAUGUGCCAAGUAAAACCACAACUGUGUAUAUUUUUAAAGCACAUCAAUGGCUUUAAGUACCGUGUUGUUAAAGAUUUUCAUGAAGUGCCAUAGACUGUAAUCAAAGUAGAGUAUUAUUUCUUCAGUGUUACUUUAAGAGCCACAUUUUUGCUUUUUUUGCUAGUAGCUAAUCAGUCAAAGGGCACCCUUCUGUUUCAAACCAAAGCUGUCUCAGAAAUGGCCACCUCAGUUAAUAAUAGACAGCAUAUUUUUUUUUCUUUUUCAUUUUUUUAAAGCAAAAACAACCAUAGAUAUAUGGGUCAUUCCUACACAUACUGGAUAUAUAAACCUAUAAAUUAUUAUAAACAAUUGUAGUUGUAAUAGUUUUGCAAAGUAUACUGUAUAACAAACAAUAUACUAUUUUAAAAAGGGAAGAGCCAUUUCUGAGACAAUAUUAGAAAAAUGUCUGAAUAAUUUUAUUUUGCUUCAAUUUUCUAACCUCUGUCAAAAGUCCAAGAGACUCUAAAUGUGUUGAAGGAAAUGGGAUUUGCUUUUCUGAUCCAAUGCAUCACUUCAAAGUCACGCACUUCAAAAAAAAAUAGUGACUCUAAUCAUGGGAAAA